GAAAAAACAAUUAGUAAUUAAAGACACUAAAAUUCCUGACUCUUACCAAAUCCCCACUCUGCUGUAUGCCUGUACACAAUCUCCAUUAUAAAACUACUAGCCUCCGGUGUCUUCUCCUCUCACACUUCUGUUAUUGCCUUGCGUUUUACUUUCCUUUCCCGGCCUUUGAUUCUCUCUUGUUCUUGAUAAUUCUUGGAAACAAGAUAUGGAUUUUGAAGCUUCUUUGUGUCUGCAAUCCAUGUCCGCCACUUUCUGCAUUUUAUUCUUCUCUUUCACAGUGUUGUUUUCUUUGUUCUCUCUCCUAAUCUUCAUCUUGCGGCUUAAGCCCUGGUGUAACUGCGAGGUUUGCCGGAGUUACUUGUCGUCGAGUUGGGCCAAGGAGUUCGGUAAUCUGGCCGAUUGGUAUACGCAUCUUCUCCAGAAGUCGCCCACCGGAAGUAUCCAUGUUCACGUGCUCCGAAACACCAUCACUGCCAACCCGGAAAAUGUCGAACACAUACUGAAAACAAGGUUCGACAACUACCCAAAAGGGAAACCGUUUUCGGUUAUCCUCGGUGAUCUUCUGGGCCACGGGAUUUUCAACGUGGACGGCGACUCGUGGAGGUUCCAGCGAAAAAUGGCGAGCCUGGAACUCGGUAGCGUCUCGGUUCGGUCCUACGCGUUGGAGAUUGUCUCCUCCGAGAUCCAGUCCAGGCUAAUUCCUCUCUUCUUAUCCGUUGCUGGCAAACAAGACGGAGUUUUAGACCUACAAGACGUGUUUCGCCGCUUCUCCUUCGAUAACAUUUGCAGAUUCUCCUUCGGAUUAGACCCAGGCAGCCUCCAAUUAUCGCUGCCGAUAUCUAGUUUCGCCGUUGCCUUCGACGUUGCCUCCAAACUAUCCGCGGAGCGAGCAAUGGCAGUCUCUCCUAUAGUGUGGAAGAUCAAGCGGCUGCUUAAUGUGGGCUCAGAAAGGAAGCUAAAGGAAGCCAUCAAAACGGUGAACAUCCUAGCCACCGGGAUGAAAAACCAACGGCGAAAAAUGGGCUUUUCCGACCGAAAAGACCUCCUAUCAAGAUUCAUGGCUUCCAUAGACGACGACAAGUAUCUCCGCGACAUUGUCAUAAGCUUCGUCUUGGCUGGCCGUGACACAGUAGCCUCCGCCUUGACCAGUUUCUUCUACCUGUUAUCGCAGCACCAGAGGGUUGAGGCUGCGAUUCGGGACGAGGUGGAGCGGGUCAUUGGACAGCGGACUCAGGAGGCGGUGGCCGCGAGCUUCGAGAAAAUGCGCCAAAUGCACUACUUGAACGCAGCAAUCUAUGAGAGUAUGAGGCUUUAUCCUCCAGUUCAAUUCGAUUCCAAGUUUUGCCAAGAGGACGAUAUAUUACCCGACGGUACCUUUGUAACGAAAGGCACAAGGGUUACGUACCAUCCCUACGCAAUGGGCCGUAUGGAGCGCAUCUGGGGCCCGGAUUGUGUCGAAUUCAAGCCGGAGAGGUGGUUAAGGGAGGCGUUCAUGCCUGAAAACCUGUUCAAGUAUCCAGUUUUUCAGGGUGGACUUAGGGUUUGUUUGGGGAAGGAAAUGGCACUUGUGGAGAUGAGAAGUGUUGUGCUUGCUCUAGUUCAACGGUUUGAUAUUCGGGUUGCCGAUCCAAACUGGGCACCGCGGUUCGUCCCGGGCUUUACCGCCACCGUGAGAGGCGGACUGCCGGUUUUUGUUCAAGAAAGGGCUGUAACUUACCCUAGUACCCUAGCUAAUUAAUCCCCAUAUAUACAUAUAAUGUAUAUGUAUGGAGUAGGUGAAAAUUAUCAUGUAAAUUAGGAUAUGUGGCACGAGUGAUGUUGGAUUCUAUCUCUUGUCAUUUUUUAAUUUGUGAAUGACGUACCAGCUUAUUAUUAUCUUGCUGUAAAUUAAGGAAUAAGAAGUAUUGUUUUAAUUAAUUAAUGCAUGGGUUGUUGUUUUA